AUGAACGUCAUAGAUUUAAGUGAUCCUGCCAUCAAUGUGGAUUAUGAUAGCUUGAUUGGCAUUGACAAUGAGGAAUCUCAAGAAAUUUUUGAAAAUGAAGUGAAGGAAGAUGGACAACAAGAAGAGCAGGAAGAAGCAUCUUCAAGAAAAGAUGGGCUCAUCGUUGAACCAGGGAGAGAUGUUGAGAGUUUGAGAAGGGCUAUUCGAGAUCAGUUGCUUUUCAAGAUACAUAGACAAAACCAAUCAGACUGUGCAGAUGCGAGAAAGUUGAGUAACGAUGAAGAAGAUGAAAGUCGGCAACAGAAAUUAGAAAGAAUAAGAGAAGAAUUGGAGGAGUUGAAAAUAGAAAAUUUAACAUCUGAAAUGCAAACUGAAAUCAAGGAAUUGUGCGAAAUUCAAUCAAAAUUGGCGACGGAAUCAUCUAGUAGAUUGACAAAUUUGAGGAAGAAGCUUCUCGAAACAUAUGAAGGCCAAGAUACCGUCAUAUUGCCAAACAUAAUUCUUGAUACGAGUAAUAUCAAAAGAUUGCAAAAGUUAGAUCAGAAAAUAUCCCUAAUGGAACGUUUUGUUGGCAUACCAGAAGCUUUGGAGGCAGAAGAAGAUAGGAAAUCGGUUCAUAGUAAAGUCAAUGAACUAUAUAGAAGUAUUCAACUUUUACAAGGCGAUGAUAAGGCGGAAGGAAAGCUGCAAAAGUUCCGGGAUAGACUCGUAGAACUGAACGAGGAAUUUGAAAACUCAUUGUUAGGCAAGAAAAUACAACAGGACUUGAGGUUGAAAGAUGACACCGUGAGCAAGCUUGUUAUGCCCGAAAACAAAGUAAAGGAGAUAAAUAGUAUGUAUUCCAUGUUCAAGCAAUAUCAAGAUUCACUACCACUGUUGGCGGAGAGGAUGAAAAGUCUCAAUAAAAUGAACAACAGGGUGAUCGAGGUGUACGAAACCACGAAAGGGCUGGAUUCACAAAUAACCAGCAUCCAAGAACAAGGAAAAGUUUGGCUAAAGGCUUUAAAUGAGCUGGAUAAAAAAUUCGAUGAACAAGAGGUUAAAAUUCGCGAAAAUAUGGAGCAGAUCAGGCGUAAAAUUGAUACCCUCGAAGACGAAGCUCUACAGAGAAAUAGCAAAUAA